UGUGUUUGUGUGUGUGUGUGGGGGUGUGAGUGCCUGGCUCGCUCUUGCUGAGACACACACACUCACACACACACAUACACACAACCCUCUAGCUCGUCUGAACUUGAAGGCACCCCACAUUCCAAGAUGCCCGAGGUUCCCGGGAAUGCCUAGGGUGCUUCUAUCUGGAGACUCCUACCAGUAUCUUCCUAGGGAGGGAUUUUCCUUUUUCUUUCUUUCUUUUCUUUUCUUUUUUUUUUCCCUCUUUUUUAAAAUCUGGAAGAGAAGAGAGCAAGUUGUGCUUUUUCCUCCCUUCUUGCUAAAUGCCAUGGAUAUAACUGAAUAAGCCGCUCGGGGCUCUCCCUCGUGGACGUCCGAGGCCACCAUCUGCCAGCGUUUGCCGAAGCCGGAGGGCUUAGCUAGAGCCUGUCUAGGGCGGGGAAGGAUGCGUGGUCGAACCGGGGAACCCGGGCACCCUGCGGAGCCGGCCUUGGUGCCUCCCAGCCUGGGUUAGAUGCUGCCUCGCCCAGGCACCUCGGCGGCCUGAGUGACCAGACCAUGGAGACCCUGCUUGGUGGUCUGCUGGCGUUUGGCAUGGCGUUUGCCGUGGUUGACGCCUGCCCCAAGUACUGUGUCUGCCAGAAUCUGUCUGAGUCACUGGGAACCCUGUGCCCCUCCAAGGGGCUGCUCUUCGUGCCCCCGGACAUCGACAGGAGGACAGUGGAGCUGCGCCUGGGUGGCAACUUCAUCAUCCACAUCGGUCGCCAGGACUUCGCCAACAUGACAGGGCUGGUGGACCUGACCCUGUCCAGAAACACCAUCAGCCACAUCCAGCCCUUCUCCUUUCUGGACCUUGAGAGCCUGCGUUCCCUGCACCUGGACAGUAACCGGCUGCCCAGCCUCGGGGAGGACACCCUGAGGGGCCUGGUCAACCUGCAGCACCUCAUUGUGAACAACAACCAGCUGGGCGGCAUCGCCGAUGAGGCCUUCGAGGACUUCCUGCUGACGCUGGAGGACCUGGACCUGUCCUACAAUAACCUCCAUGGCCUGCCCUGGGGCUCCGUUAGGCGUAUGGUCAACCUCCACCAGCUGAGCCUGGACCACAACCUGCUGGAUCACAUUGCCGAGGGCACCUUCGCCGACCUGCAGAAGCUGGCCCGCCUUGACCUCACCUCCAACCGGCUCCAGAAGCUGCCCCCAGACCCCAUCUUUGCCCGCUCCCAGGCCUCUGCUCUGACCGCCACACCCUUCGCUCCACCCCUGUCCUUCAGUUUUGGGGGGAACCCACUGCACUGUAAUUGCGAGCUUCUCUGGCUGCGGAGGCUUGAGCGGGACGAUGACCUGGAGACCUGUGGGUCCCCCGGGGGCCUCAAGGGGCGCUACUUCUGGCACGUGCGCGAGGAGGAGUUUAUGUGUGAGCCGCCGCUCAUCACUCAGCACACACACAAGCUGCUGGUUCUGGAGGGCCAGGCGGCCACGCUCAAGUGCAAGGCCAUCGGGGACCCGAGUCCCCUCAUCCACUGGGUGGCCCCUGAUGACCGCCUGGUGGGGAACUCCUCACGGACCGCAGUGUAUGACAAUGGCACCCUGGACAUCCUCAUCACCACAUCUCAGGACAGCGGGGCCUUCACCUGCAUCGCUGCCAACGCCGCCGGGGAGGCCACAGCCACCGUGGAGGUCUCCAUCGUGCAGCUGCCACACCUCAGCAACAGCACCAGCCGCACGGCGCCCCCCAAGUCCCGCCUCUCAGACAUCACUGGCUCCAGCAAGACCAGUCGAGGAGGUGGAGGGAGUGGGGCUGGGGAGCCUCCCAAAAGCACCCCAGAAAGGGCCGUGCUAGUGUCGGAUGUGACCACCACCUCGGCCCUGGUCAAGUGGUCGGUCAGCAAGUCAGCGCCGCGAGUGAAGAUGUACCAGCUGCAGUACAACUGCUCCGACGAUGAGGUACUGAUUUACAGGAUGAUCCCAGCUUCCAACAAAGCCUUCGUGGUCAACAACCUGGUGUCAGGGACUGGCUAUGACCUGUGCGUGCUGGCCAUGUGGGAUGACACGGCCACGACGCUCACGGCCACCAACAUCGUGGGCUGCGCCCAGUUCUUCACCAAGGCCGACUAUCCGCAGUGCCAGUCGAUGCACAGCCAGAUCCUGGGCGGCACCAUGAUCCUGGUCAUCGGCGGCAUCAUCGUAGCCACGUUGCUGGUCUUCAUUGUCAUUCUCAUGGUGCGCUACAAGGUCUGCAACCACGAGUCCCCGGGCAAGAUGGUGGCCGCCACGGUCAGCAACAUGCACUCGCAGACCAACGGCUCCCAGCCGCCGCCUCUCACCCUGGCUCCAGGCGGCGUACCCAGCGGGGCCUCGAGCGGCGUCCCUGCGCCAGGGCCGCCCAAGGUGGUGGUCCGCAAUGAGCUGGUGGAGUUCAGUGCCAGCCUAGCCCGAGGCAGCGACUCCUCUUCCUCCAGCUCCCUGGGUAGUGGGGAAGCCGCGGGGCUGGGAAGGGGCCCCUGGAGGCUCCCCCACCCCGGCCCCCGGCCCAAACCCAAUCUUGACCGCUUGAUGGGGGCUUUUGCCUCCCUGGACCUCAAGAGUCAGAGAAAGGAGGAGCUGCUGGACUCUAGGACUCCAGGCGGGAGAGGGUCUGGGACCUCCGCCAGGGGCCAGCCCUCGGACCGAGAGCCACUGCUGGGACCGCCUGCGGCCCGGGCCAGGAGCCUGCUCCCCUUACCCCUGGAGGGCAAGGCCAAACGCAGCCACUCUUUCGACAUGGGGGACUUUGCUGCUGCGGCAGCUGGAGGGGUCGCCCCAGGUGGCUACAGCCCCCCUCGGCGGGUCUCGAACAUCUGGACAAAACGCAGCCUCUCUGUCAAUGGCAUGCUCUUGCCUUUUGAGGAGAGUGACUUGGUGGGGGCCCGGGGGACUUUCGGCAGCUCAGAGUGGGUGAUGGAGAGCACCGUGUAGGCCUGGGGGAUGGGCAG